ACAAAUUUUUCGUUGGCUUGCCUUCAAAAUUCCCCGUAAAUUCCCAAUGAUGACCUGCAUCCUCAGUCGCUGCCUGCGAGUGCUCCACCGGCGGCUGGGUCACUUCAACCACUGCACCCUGGCCCUGGCCACUCUUGACCUGGUCUGCAUUGUGUGCCUGCUCCACUACCAACUGGUGCAGCACGGCCGAGAUCUGUUCUUCUGGCGCGAGGAGCUGGACCAGCGGCUCGUGGAGUACCUGCUGUCCGGGAUCGUACUGAUGGCCUCCGUGAGUGUUCUGGGCUCCUGCGUGGAUGGCUUUAUUAUUUCCGCCCUGGUGCGACGCGAAAUGAGUCGUUACGACUUGCCGCGCCAGCAUUUCGAGGAACGCUAUCGACGCUUCGUCUUCAUGCGGUUGGUCAGGCAACUGGAGCUGGCCCUCAAGGAGCAGACCAAGCAAUCGGAGCUGGGCCAGAUGAUGCCAUUGGCGAACCUGUCCGAAGCUCACCAGCUGAUCAGGGAGGCCAUCGACGAGUUUCGCACCGCAGUGCGGAUCCUUUUGUGGCCCAAUCGAUCCGAUCUGCUGGCCGAGGCCUUUGUCCUAUUUCACAUCAGCGAGUCGCAACUGACGGAUUUGGCCCUUCAAGGCUAUAAACUAAACGACGUGGAGGGGGUGGACAUGUCCAAUGCCCGUCUCAGUCUUAUGCUCAACCCACCGUGGUAUUAAAAAGUGUCCUCAAAUU